AUGACUGGAGUAUGGAAUGAUGGACAAGAUGCUAAAUGUACAACAAUUGAAGAACGUAUCAAAGAUUCAGUGGUCAAUCACCCCCAACUCGCUACAUCUAAAGACCCGUCGUUGGAGAACAGCUCUGCUUCACUGAUAGACGCGGCUGGUCCCUAUUCGACACGACAGUCUGGUGUAGAAGGGGCACGCAUCCUCGAGGUGGGCUGUGGAGGUGGUUUCUUGUCAGAAGGCCUCGCUAGAAGAGGCGCUAUUGUAACAGGACUUGACCCCUCUGUCGAAACCAUUAAAAUUGCUGAGUCUCACAGAAGAUCUUCAAUUGAAUCUUUGAGUCCCUCAGAUUCAACUCGACGGUCGUUAGAUCGGCUUCAUUACAUUCACGGAGAAGUAGAAGAAAUCAAAAACAAUCCCUGGAUUCGAUCAGCAAGUGAUGAAUCGAAGGAGGAUCGCAAAACGCUCCCUGAUCAUCAAUUCGAUAUUGUAGUGGCUUCCGAGGUCAUUGAGCAUGUUAACAACCCUGAAACAUUCUUUCGCCAUUGUGCAGAUUGUGUCAAACCUGGAGGUCUUCUGAUUAUCACAACACCAAAUAGAACACCUUUGUCUUAUUUGCUUGUCAUUGCUUUUGCAGAAUAUGUCCUCCGAUUAAUUCCAGUGGGAACACAUUAUUAUUCCAAGUUUAUUAAACCGGCGGAAAUUAAAAAAAUGGGGGAGCAGAACGGGUUUUCUCAUCUCGAAACAAGAGGCACAUUUUAUAUUCCAAUUUUCAACAAAUGGAUCACGGAGCCGACGACCUGGGUGACGUACAUGACUGCACUUCGAAAGCUCGAAACUCCUGAACGAUAG